AUGGCACUACUUUUCGAUCCGAGUUUUCAAAUUUUACGAGAAGAUCAAAGUGUCAAGGUUUUCAAUGCGAUUUUAUGUGCAUCGCAGAUUUUUGGUGAGUUUUUUUUUGUAGAUUUGAUUUGAGGUCAAAAGUACAACCCUCGGAAACCAACCCUCGAAUGUUUAACCCUCGUCAUUUUGUACAACCCUCGUGUGUUUAACCCUCGACGUUUUCUGAUUUACCCUCGUCAUUUCAAAAAAAAAUUUUUUUCAAUUUCAGUUGUCAUUUUUUGAGGCGAGGAAUCCUCGGAUCUAGUUGUUAGGAAAAACUUUAAAUUUUCACACGAUGUCAGAAAUACUUGUUUUUUUCAUAUGAAACAUCGAAUUUUGUUGAAAAAACAUUUUUCUUGGGCGUUCACUAAGCCUAAGCUUUAUAAAGAGAAAUGAAGUUUUUUCCGAAAAAAAUCAUUUCGAAAAUGAAAAAAUUAAUUUUUGAAAUGACGAGGGUAAAUUUGGAAAUUUCGAGGGUUGAACACACGAGGGUUGUACAAAAUGCCGAGGGUUAAACAUUCGAGGGUUGGUUGCCGAGGGUUGUACUUAUGACCUUGAUUUGAGGGUUGGGGUGGCAUUUUACAGACCUAUAAAGGUAUUUUGAAAUUUUUAGCUUCGACUUAAACUUGCGGGAUUCUUUUUUUCAAAAAGAAAAAAAUAUUAUGAAAAUUUUGAAACAGUGAAAAAAUUAAAUUCAGAAAAUAUUUUAAAGAUGCUUUAAAAGCUGAAAUCCACGUGGCACUAUUGAAAACUUUCAAAAAAUUUCAUUUCAUUUCAUUUUUGAUUCCAAAUUACAUGAAGAAACUACAGUGUCUACAUUUUUUUUCUAAUUUUGAAAUAGUGAAUUUUAGUUGAAAUUUUCAGCACUUUCAUAAAUUACUUUUUCACACUUUUUCCUUCCUCAAAUAUUCUUCCAUAUUUUCAGGUGGUUUGGCAGUUGGCCUAGUUGCAAUUUGGAUGUCAGCUUAUGAAGAUGGUUAUGCAUGGAAUGAAAAUCCGGACAAAGAAUUUAAUUAUCAUCCAACUUUUAUGAUAAUGGGAAUGGUAUUUUUGUAUGGUGAAGCGAUUUUGGUAUACCGUGUAUUUAGAAAUGAACGGAAGAAGUUUAGCAAAACAUUGCACGUCGUUUUACAUUCCGUCAUUUUAGUUUUUAUGUUCACCGCGUUGAAAGCUGUUUUUGAUUAUCAUAAUUUGCAUAAAGAUGCUGAUGGAAAACCAGCUCCAAUUGUUAAUUUGGUUUCAUUACAUUCUUGGAUUGGAAUGGCUGUUGUUAUUAGUUUUUGUAUGCAGGUUAACAUUUUUUUAAAAUUUUUUUCAAGUAGAUAAACUUAAAGCAAUCCUCUUUUUUUAGUACGUCAUUGGUUUCGUCACCUAUUUUUUCCCUGGUCUUCCAAUUCCAAUUCGUCAACUUUUAAUGCCAUUUCAUCAAUUGAUCGGAGUUAUUAUUUUUAUUUUUGUUUCGAUUACUGUUGGAAUGGGAAUAUCUGAAAGAGCUGCAUGGAAACAUACGUGAGUUUUGAAUAUUGUUUUAAAAAACCCCCAAAUUUUUUUGCAGUUGUUGGACAAAAAAAGGUGAAAUGUGUGGUCAACAAGCCACGUCAUCAUUCGUCGGAGUUUUCACAUUCCUCUAUACAAUUUGUGUUCUUUUAUUGGUUUUGAAUCCACGUUGGAAAAGACAUCCACUUCCAGAAGAAGAAGGAUUAUCACAUUUGACAUCAUCAACACAUGAUAUGACUGAUUGA